GCCGGGCACACUGCACAACAACAAAACAAAAUGGAGGUGUUGGAAAAAAAUUGUCGUUGAAAAAAGUGCUGGUCUAGAAUUUUGCGUUGAACGCUGUGAGCAAAUGUGUUUCACUGCGAAUAUGUCAAAGGUCGGCCAUGAAGUGCACGAAACACGAGACACAAAUGACUCCAACAUAUGAAAGCAACAUCAACCACAACAACAAGACGUGAAAUUGCACACCAGUUGUAAUUAAGUUUAGUAGUUAGAAACCCAGAACAACCAAUAUAUAUAUAUAUUAGAUACGCAAUCAUAAACGGUAAACUAAGACGAAGCGCGAGAGUGGAGAGAGAAGUAGAGGAGCCACAAGAUAUCCGUUCAACAAUCAGUGGCAGUCAACGUCCCCGCCGUGAAGAAGAACAACUUCUCUAGGCUAGGCAUUUCAUCCUUUCUCCUCCCAACUCCAACGCGCAGAGAGCAAGCAGCAUCAAAAUUAAGCCAACCGACGAGCAAACCUGAAAACGCAGCGGCGUCGCGUCGUCAUCCAUCGGUCGACGUGUAACGGACAUUUCUGUGUGCGCUGCGUUUCAAAAAUCUGAUGGAUGGAAAUGCACAAAAUAUGUUUCACGGAAAUCAUCAAGGAGAUCCCUAUUACCGUUACGAUGCGGCAGCCGCCGCAGCAGCCGCCGCCGCGGCAAAUCCUCGGGCAAUGGGACCGCCCGGCGGCUAUCCGCCUCGCCACCGCGCUCCACAUCCGCUACAGCAACAGCCCCAAUACCCAUCGUACCAGCCAACGGCGGAGAAUCUCUACGGGCUGGGGGCCGCCGAUCAUCAAGCGGCCAUGGGCCUCGGAGUGGGCGUCGGCGUUGGAGCCGGAAUGGGUGAUCUAAGUGGUUGGGGUGCAGCGCCCUCGGUACCGGGACAGGCAGCAGCGUAUCCUGGCGCCGGAUUGGGUGCCUAUGGCCAUCCGCAGGCAGCACCGCCGGCGCAGCAGCAGCGCCAGCAGAGCCAGGCCAGCGCGUAUCGGCAACACAUGCCCGCCUACGGACAGCAGGAACAGCAGAAGCUGGUGGCGCCCUACGGAGCACAGCAAAGCAUGAUGGCCGGCUACGGAUCGCAGCAGCAGCAGGUCCAGCCGCCCACGCCCCAGCAGCAGCAGGCACAGCAAGUGCAGGCCCAGCAGGUGCAGGCACAGCAACAGGCGCAGCAGCAACAGCAGCAGCAGCAGAGUCAGCAGCAGGCUCGACUGCCGCAGCACUAUCCGCAAGCGCCUGGCCAACAUCCCCUGUAUCCUGGUGUAGUGGGAGCACCCACUGUCCAGGCAGGACAGCCUCCGACAGUGCCCCAGGCCUACGCUCACAGCCCUUACGGCAGUCCCAUGCAGCACCAGCCAGGACGGGGAGCGCCGCAACAUGUGGGCUACGGCCACACGGGGCUGGAUCAGGCGUCAGCCUACGGGCAGCACGUGCCGGGAGGAGCGCCGCCGGGCCAUCAUUUGAGUGCGCAGCAGCAGCAGGCAGCGCAGCAAUUGGGAGCCCACCAGCAGCAGCAGCAACUCCAAUCGCAGCAACAGCAGGCGCAGCAGCAGCAGCAACCGCACGUCUCGCUUAUGCAGCAACAGCAACAGUUGCCAGGCGCCGUGCUGCCCCCUCCGCACAUGGGAAUGCCUCCUAGCUACGGAAGCCACCACCAGCAGCAGCAGCAACAGCAGCAAGUGCAACAGCAGCAGGCGCAGCAAGUGCAGCAGCAGCAGCAGGCAGCUCCGCCUUACAUGUCCAGCAGCAAACAUCAACAGGCGGCCGCCGCUCAGCUGAAUUCCUCGCCCCAGUAUCGCGCACCCUUUCCGCAGCUAUCGCCACAGAUGUCGCCACGUCCGCCGACCAUGUCGCCGCAUCCGCAGAUGUCACCGCGACCGGUGGGCGUGUCGCCGGCAAAGCCACCACCCACGCAACAACAGACGCAGGCGCAGCAGCAGCAGCCACAACAGCAGCAGGUGGUGAACAACCAGCCCAGCCAGCAUAGCAUCCAAGGCAUGGUCGGACUGCCCUCGCCACGACCCCAGCCGCCGAGCAGCGGAGGAGGAGGCGUUGGAGCAGGGGGAGGAGGAGGAGGAGCGGUAUCGAAGGCGGUACCGGCGCCCGUUGCUCCCGUCAAUACCUUGCAGGCCCUCGAACAAAUGGUGAUGCCGUCACAGGCGCAUGGACUGCCUCCUAUGGACUAUCCGUCAGCGUACAGGAGCUCGGUGGUUGGUCCCAGGAUGCCAGCGUCUCCGCAGCAGCAGCAGCAUCACCAGCAGUGGGGCACCCAGCACAUGGCCGCCAUGCAACAGCAGCAACAGGCGCAACAGCAGCAGCAACAAGCGCCGCAGCAGCAGGCGGCUAUGUUGCAGCAGCAGCACCAUCAGCAACAGCUGAGCAUGUACGGACAGGCGAUGGGACAGCAGCAACAGCAGCAGCAGCCACAAGCGGCGCAACAGCAACAGGUUGUGCCGCCAGUGGUGGCACCACCAGUAGUGCCUAACCCGCAGCAACAGCAGCAGCAACAACAACAUCAACAACAGCAGCAAUCACUCAACGAUCAACUGCAGCAUUCCAUCAACGAUAUUGUGGGAGGUGGAGGAGGCGGCAACAGCAACAGCAGUGGAGCUGCGGUCAGCGGUCAAAAUCAGACCCAACUGGCGGCCAUGUCCUCCUCUCCAUUGCACCAGCAAAGCUUGCCCAGUAUGCAUCAUUUGAUACAGCCAAGCAUGGAGGCGGGUCAGCCGGCGCAACAGCAGGCGGCGCAGCAAGCGCAGGCGAGUCUAACGUCGCCGCAUCACCAGCAAAUGCAGCACCAAUCGCCGAUACACCAGCAGCAGCAUCAGUCGCCGCACCACCAGCAACAUCUGCCCAGCUACAACCAGUCACAGCCGCAGCAGCAGCAAUUUGAUCCGUUUGCAAACAUCUUGGGAGACAGCAGCCAGCAGCAGCAGCAGCCGCCGGCAGCUACGACUCAACAGACAAUGUCGCCGGCUCAUGUGAGUUCGCCGAUUCCAGCGCAAAUGCAGCAGCAGCAGCAGCAACAGGUGCCACAACAGGCCCCGCCGCAGCAAAGCGUGACACCCUCGUCGCAUCACCUGAGCAGCAUCCUUAACGAAACGGCCAACUCGAACGAUUCCUCCACCCUGGCCGUGGCAGCCAAUGAUAGCAACAACAGCAGCAGCAACAGCAGCACCAACAGCAUCGUCAACAAUCAACCGACCUCGGUCCAUGACAGCAACUCGCAGAGCAGCAUCAACAGCAGCGGCAACAACAACCAGCCGCAGCAGCAGCAGCCGCAGCAACAGCACUUGCUAAUGGACAACACAAACUCCCACUCAGAUGUCGUCGGAGUGGAUGUCGGUGGUCUCUUUGACAACAAUUCCAUGUCCUCGCAAUCGGCAACAGUGACGACUGCGGUGGCCAACAAUGCAGCAGCCACGGCGGCGGCGGCUCUCUUAGACAGCAAUUCGCAGUCGUCGAAUGCCGGCGAGUUCGAGAAGAAUCAGAGCGAAUCGGGAGGCGAGGGAUUAGCGGGCGUUCCUGUCAAUGAAACCGAGCUGCCGAUGGAUGAGACGUCGAGUGUUCCGAAGACACAAGAUACCAGCCUGGGUCUGAGCACCGAGUUGCCGACCGCUGUGCAGGAGGAUCUCCUGGAGAAGCCCACCGCCGAGGAGAUGAUAGAACAAACUCAGCUGGGAGACCUGACGACAGAGGAAUCCCAAAAGAACCUUGACGAUUUGCCAGAGGACAAGGUAGUGCCGCCAAUGGAUUCCACCACAGUGCAGGCGCCGCCGCAGCAACAACAGCAGAUUCCCCCGCCCAUAGGAAUGCCAAUGCAUCCCAUGGCCCAGGGAUACGAUGCCCAGGGCGCUCCUCCGCAAGGUCACAUGCCGCCCAUGAUGCCGCCAUAUGGAGCAGGAGUAGGCGGAGCACCGCCGGGCAGCAUGUAUCCGCCUCCGUAUCCGAUGCUGCAUCAGCAAGAGAUUGCAGCGCUGCAGCAGCAGAUCCAGGAAUUGUACUGCAUGCCGCCGGGCCAUGAGCACCAGCAUCAGGAGAAGCUAAUGCGAAUGCAGGAGCGCUUGAAUCUGCUAACCCAGCACGAGAUUAACGAUCAGUGUGCCGGCGGUGGCCCACAGUGCCUACUCUACCAGAGCAUGCCGCCUAUGUACGGCCCGCCGGGCAGCAACAAUCCGCUGCACAAUCAAAUGGUGGAGAGUCCCCAGGUCUCAAGCACCACCGGACGGGGCAGAGGCAAGGGAACGAAUAAGCCACGGAAGCCGCGGGCCAAAAAGGGCGACAAGGGGGGACAGGUGGCGGCGUCGACAGCCGCGCAUCAGCAGCAGCAGCAGAUGCUGGAACAGCGCCAGGGAGACCUAAUGGAUAUCAGUGGCAACGUGGUGGAUACUCCCAGUAUACCCACAACGCAGCUGCCCGUCUCCGAGGACUGUGUGACCCAGGGAGCCGGCGACACCAGUGUCGUUGGCAUGCUGGAGUACAGCGAGGGCAUGGGCGAUCUCUCGCAGGAUGUCCACUCGGCCAACGAACUAGACACCUCUACCGAUGGCAGUGGGAAAAAGAAGAAGCCUCGCAAGCCGCGCACUCCCAAGGAUCCGAAUAAGCCGCCGCGGGAUAGGACGCCGAAGGCGAAGAAACCAAAAGAUCCUAGUGACCCGGAGACACCGGCACCGGCUCCGGCCCGGAAAAGGGCCAGUGUUAGCAAGCGAAGGAAGCAGUAUGGCGAGGAAGGAGCCGAGCAAACCGGCGAAGGCAGCGAAGUGGAGGAUAAUAAGCCACUCGUAACUAAGGCUGGAUCCGCCGAUGGCGAAGCGGAAACCACUUCAGGCGGAGGAGGCGGCGGAGGAGUCGAUGGCGAGUCGCCGGAUUAUGACGAUAUACCUGUAUCCAAGAUACCGCGGAGCGCCAACGACGAGGACAAGGAUGCCGGUGGCGAGGCUGGCGACGAGACUGUGGACUCAGUUCCGGACUCCGCCGGCGAUGCAGCCGGAACCACGCCCAGUAGGAGGGAUCGGAAAAGGUCAACGGCCAGGAGUAGUCGCCGCAAUGCCAAUUCCGAGGAGGGAGGCGGUAGUGCGCGGCGGAAUCGUGGCUCCCUCUCCGCCAAGGCCCUCAAGAAGCGAAGGAAUAGGGGCAGGAUUGUGCCCGAAUCCGAUGGCGAAGACGACACCUUGGACAGGACACCGCCACCAUCGCCGCCACCAGACUCUGAACUGGACUCGAACAAGAGACGAUCGUCGAGGAAUACGCAGCGAAAGAAGUACAUUGACGAUGUCAUGCUCAGGUUCUCCGACGACGACAACUCUCUCCUAGUGGCUUCGCCAGUCAAGAAAGACAAGAAGUCCUCCGCUACCGCUGCAGCCGCCGCAAACUCUAGUGCCGGCAGUGAUGUGGAGAAGGCGGAGCCUCAGUCAGGGGCUGAGGGCGAAGCGGCUGGCCAGGAAGCUGGAGCGGGCUCUGAGGAUAAAUCCAAUCUUCCCCCCGACGAAAGCAGCCAGCUGGAAGCCAGCUCGAGUUCGACCUCGGCCGCAGCGGCUGCGGAAAAGGAGCGCCUCAACGCCACCGAUGCCGCCAAUGCAGCCAUGUCCUCCAAGCCCAAUUAUGUGUACAUCAACACUGGCGACGAGGAUAGCAUGGUGGUACAACUAGUUUUGGCCAUGCGAAUGGGUAAACGGGAACUUAUCCCGGAGAAACCCAAGGAGAAGACGCCGGAGCCGCAGACCAAAAAGGAGGAGGAGGAGAAGGAUCAAGGGGAGAAACCAGAAGCAGAAGCUUCAGCGGAAAAGCCCGAAGGCGAGGAAAAGCCUAAAACAGAGGCUGUGGAUAAAGAGGAUUCAAAAGAAGAUUCCGAGAUUAAGAAGCCGGGAAACGAGACUUCCGAAAUGGAAGUGGACGGCGACAAGGAUGAGUCUGAGGCAACGAAGACGGCUGAAAAGUCUGAUGAGGAAGAAGCCUCCAGCGAGGUCAAGGAUGCGGACAACAAGAUGGACGUAGAUGAAUCCAAACCAGAAACAGAGCAAACCGAAACGGAGAAACCUGAAGAGAAAUCCGAAAACACAGAAGAUGAGAAAACCACCUCUUCGGAUGUAGAAACCGCAGAGGAGGCCAAGGAAACGGAGGAAACUGAUGGUGGUGAGAAAAUGGAUGUGGAUGAGAGUGAAUCGCCCACUAAGCCCAAGGAAGAGAAUGCCAGUGGGGACAAGACCUCAACUGAAGAUGUGAAAACCGAAGAGGAACACAAUGAAAAAGAUAAGAAAUCUGCGGAAGCUGAGGAAAAGGAGGCAACGGCAGUCAAGGAGAAGGGAGACGAGGAGUCCGACAAAAAGGAAGGUGAAGAGGGAAACGAUGCUGGGGACAAGGAGAACAAACCCGAGCCCGUCUUCAUCGAUGUGGAGGAGUACUUUGUCAAGUAUCGCAACUUUAGUUACCUCCACUGCGAGUGGCGGACCGAAGAGGAACUCCUCAAGGGCGAUCGCCGUGUGGCGGCCAAGAUUCGACGCUUCCAGCAGAAGCAGUCGCAGCAACUGAACAUUUUCGAGAAUAUCGAAGAGGAGCCCUUCAAUCCCGACUUUACGGAAGUAGAUCGGGUGCUGGACAUGUCCGUGCACACGGAUGAGAACAGUGGCGAGACCACAAAGCACUACUUGGUCAAGUGGAAGUCCUUGCCCUACGAGGACUGCACCUGGGAGCUGGAGGAGGAUGUCGAUAACGACAAGAUUGAGCAGUACUUGCGCUUCAACAAGAUCCCGCUGAGGUGCGAGUGGAAGAGCAAGAAGCGGCCGCAUCCGGAGCUCUGGAAGAAGCUGGAGAAGACGCCGGUGUACAAGGCGGGAAACAGCCUGAGACCGUACCAGCUGGAGGGUCUCAAUUGGUUAAAGUUCUCGUGGUACAACACACACAACUGCAUCCUGGCCGAUGAAAUGGGUCUGGGCAAGACCAUCCAGAGUUUGACAUUUGUCCACUCCGUUUAUGAGUAUGGCAUUAGGGGACCCUUCCUGGUCAUAGCUCCCCUCUCCACGAUUCCCAACUGGCAGCGCGAGUUCGAGGGCUGGACGGACAUGAAUGUGGUCGUCUAUCACGGGUCGGUGACCAGCAAGCAGAUGAUACAGGACUAUGAGUUCUACUACAAGACGGACAGCGGCAAGGUCCUCAAGGAGCCCAUCAAGUUCAAUGUCCUGAUCACCACCUUCGAAAUGAUUGUCACCGACUACAUGGACCUGAAGGCCUUCAACUGGCGCCUGUGCGUCAUCGAUGAGGCUCAUCGCCUGAAGAACCGAAACUGCAAGCUCCUCGAGGGGCUGCGUCAGCUGAAUCUGGAGCACAGGGUCCUGCUUUCGGGAACUCCACUGCAGAAUAAUAUCAGCGAGCUGUUCUCGCUGCUGAACUUCCUGGAGCCCUCGCAGUUCUCCUCGCAGGAGGAGUUCAUGUCCGAGUUUGGUAACCUCCGCAACGAGGAGGAAGUGAACAAGCUCCAGGCCCUGCUCAAGCCCAUGAUGUUGCGUCGCCUGAAGGACGAUGUGGAGAAGAGUUUGGCGCCCAAGGAGGAGACCAUCAUUGAGGUGGAGCUGACGAACAUACAGAAGAAGUACUACCGCGGCAUUCUCGAACAGAACUUCAGUUUCCUGAAGAAGGGAACCACAUCCGCGAAUAUUCCCAAUCUGAUGAACACGAUGAUGGAGCUGCGCAAGUGCUGCAUCCAUCCGUACCUCUUGAACGGCGCCGAGGAGCAGAUUCAAUACGAUUUUAAGUCCCAGCACGGUGAGGAUCCCGAGUCCUACUACAAGAAUCUUAUCCUCUCGGCGGGCAAAAUGGUUUUAAUUGACAAACUUUUGCCCAAACUCAAGGCCAAUGGCCAUCGAGUGCUGAUCUUCAGUCAGAUGGUGCGGUGCCUGGACAUUCUGGAGGAUUACCUGGUGUACCGGAAGUAUCCCUUUGAGCGAAUCGAUGGACGGAUUAGGGGCAAUCUGCGUCAGGAGGCCAUCGAUCGGUACUCCAAACCGGGCUCUGAUCGGUUUGUCUUCUUGCUCUGCACCAAAGCAGGAGGACUGGGCAUUAAUUUGACGGCCGCCGAUACGGUCAUUAUAUACGACUCCGAUUGGAAUCCGCAGAACGAUCUGCAGGCCCAGGCCAGGUGCCAUCGUAUUGGACAACGCAAGAUGGUGAAGAUCUACCGGCUGCUCUGCAGAAACACCUAUGAGCGUGAGAUGUUCGACAAGGCGUCGAUGAAGCUGGGCCUGGACAAGGCCGUGCUGCAGUCGAUGAACACGCAGGGCUCUAAGGAUGGCAACAACAAGCAGCUGUCCAAAAAGGAGAUCGAAGAUCUGCUCAAGAAGGGCGCCUACGGUGCUGUCAUGGACGACGACAAUGCCGGCGACAAGUUCUGCGAAGAGGACAUUGACUCGAUCCUGAAGCGCCGCACUCAGGUCAUCACCAUGGAAUCGGAGAAGGGUUCGACCUUCUCGAAGGCUUCAUUUGCCGCCUCCGGCAACAGAUCGGAUAUUACCAUCGAUGAUCCCGAUUUCUGGACCAAGUGGGCCAAGAAGGUUGACAUCGAUCCCGAUGCCUGUGAGCGAGACGAGACUGAGGAUUUGGUUCUAUCAGAGCCGCGGCGACGCACGCAGAUCAAACGCUACGGUCAUGAGGAUGUGAUGGAACUGAACUCGGAGGAAUCUUCCAAUGAGAAUAGCGACGAGGAGGGAGGAAUUGGUCUUCGUUCACGCCGCCGCAAGGAGAAACGAGAUCGCGCCCGCGAAAAGAAGGGCAACGAUGAGUACAUUCCACGCGAACGUGAUGCCCUGGCUGCCUUGGGACUGGAGGAGAUUCAGUACGGUAACUGGGCCAAGUCCGAGUGCUUCAAGGUGGAGAAGGGGCUGCUUUCCUUUGGUUGGGGACGAUGGUCGGAACUCCUGGAGCUGGGACAAUUCAAGCGCGGCUGGCGUGAUAUCGAUGUCGAGGACUGUGCUCGCAUUAUCCUCCUUUACUGUCUCCAAGUGUACAAGGGUGAUGAGAAGAUCAAGACGUUCAUUUGGGACUUGAUUACGCCAACGGAGGACGGAGAGGUGCAAAAGAUCAGCAGGGAUCAUAGUGGCCUACACAAUUUGGUGCCACGAGGUAGGAAUGCCAAAGGACGCAAUGGCGGCAAGUCGAACAAGGAAACCACGGGCAGCUCGACCCCAGCACCGGGCACAGCAUCCGGCAGCAAUAGCGGCAACACGACACCGGCUCACAAGUCGAGUGCUUUGGAUGGGUCCGACAAGGAUGGAGGCGUAGGAGUCAGUGCCAGCGCAGUGGCUGCGGCAGUCACCACUCCCACAAGCAUCCAUGAUCCGAAUCAUUGGAGCAAGAAGGAGAAGUACGAUGCGGAUGCGUACUUGGAGGGCGCCUACAAGAAGCAUCUGGGCAGACACGCGAAUAAAGUCCUGCUGCGCGUGAGGAUGCUUUACUAUAUCCAGCACGAGGUUAUUGGCGAGUUUGUCCAGCAGAUCAAGGACAAUACGCCCAUCAGCGAGCUCCCCAUUCGCCCGCCGCCAACGCCAGAUCAAGUGCCAUCCUCAUGGUGGAAUCCCAUUUGUUGUGAUAAGAGUCUGUUGGUUGGAACCUACAAGCAUGGCUGUGAAAUGUAUCGUCAAAUGCGCGCCGAUCCCAAUCUGUGCUUUGUGACCCAUGUGGGCGCCGGUGCUGCCGGCGACGAUCUGGCUGUCACGAAUUUGCCGAUAAACGAAGACGAUGCAAAUUCAAAGCACGACGAUGGCGACGAGGUGGACGAUGAUGGCACCACCACGACCAAAGACUCGGACUCUGGCAAACUGACCACCGGCGAUAGCAACAAGGACUCGCUGCUCCUCCUUGACCCGGAGCGGCCAAGUUCGUCGGGUAAGAGCGGCGGCAUCGGCGACGGCAACGACGCAAAAACGCUAACGAAGGCCAACGAGCUGGAGGAAUGCGAAAAAGAAACCGCAGCAAAUGCUUCCGAAUCCGAAUCCUCAUCCAAAUCCAAAGCCGAUCCCUUGCCGGACCAUGGUAGCGAUAAUGUCGAUAAUGCGGCAACGUUGGCCGCCCAGCAGGAGGCAUCAUCAGCAACUCCUCCACCACAAUCGGCAGAUACAGAAACAGAUCCGGAAAUCAAGACCAAGAAAAAGGCCGCGGCAGUCUCGACCUCGUUGUCGUCCAGUGAGAAAGCUGGAGAAGAUCUGGAGACAAUGGAGGCCAAGACUGCCGAUGGCGAGUCAGAGAACGAAUCGGAGAAAAAAAUCGAAAAAGAUAAAGAAACUACGAGCCAAAUUGAAAUCGAUAACGAUAACGAAAAUGAAAUCAAAAAGGAAUCAAAGGAGUCAUCUGCUGCUGCUCCUUCUGCUGGGGAAGCCAAAAACGAAGCCGCUGCCAUUGCCCGUGCCGAAGGCGAUCAAGCGGAAUCAUGCACUAACAAUGCUACCACAAACAUCACCACCACCACCACUACUACUACUACCAUUACCAAUACCACUACCACCACCACCACCACCACAACCACCAAUAAUCCAUCAUCCAAAGCGGCUAACUCUAAUGCCCCCAACUCCACAACCAACGACCAUGCUAACUCCAACUCACAUUUAGGCCUGGACGAAGAGGAGAGCGUUGCUGGUAGCUACCCGCCCACCGUGGCAGCCGUUGAGGAUGCCACCACCAUGUGGCCAUCGAUGCAGGACCUCAACACGCGGCUCCGUCGCGUCAUCACCGCCUAUCAGAGGAACUACAAGAAGGAGGAGCUGAAGCUGCAGCAAAAGGCCAAGCUCCAGGCACUGGUCUCAUCGACGCCACCUUUAUCGGUGCCCACCACGCCUACGCUUCAGUCGAUGCAAAUGCAGCUGCAGAGCGGCUCUGGCAGCGGCUCUGUGGGCUCCACGGUGGGCUCUUCAGAUCCCAGCGGCCGGAGUCUGCAAGCAUUGAUGCAGUCGCAGGGCGCCAGCACGUCCGCAGCAGCGGCAGCCGCUGCCGCAGCAGCCGGAGGAGGAGGAUCCGUCGGAUCCGGGCAGUCCCAAUCGCAAGUGGGCGGAUCGGGAGCUAUGCCAGCCAUGCCCACUGCCGCCGACAUCAGCCUGAUGCUGAGCAUCCUCAACACGACCGACGUCAGCCAGCUGGCCAACUUGGACAUCAAUAAGCUGGCCAUGUAUCUGGUCAGCAUGAACAAUAAAAUGGAGCGGCAGGGCAAGAUGGAGCUGGCGGCCAAGGAGCGCGAGUCCCAGCGCCUGCAGCUCAUACCCAAGAAGUGGAAUCGUCGCGAGGAGUACGAAUUCCUCCGUGUUCUCACUGGCUACGGCAUUGACUUGCAUCAGUCCACCAUGGGCGGUGUCUCUGGCGGCGGCGGCAGUCCCGACUGGACCAAGUUCAAGCAGAUGGCUCACUUGGAGCGAAAGAGCGACGAAACCUUGACAGACUACUACAAGGUCUUUGUGGCCAUGUGCAAGCGACAGGCGGGCAUGAAGCUUGCGGAGUCAGAGCGCGGUCUAGAGGGAAUCAUUGAGGAGAUUGAUAAGGAGCACGCCAAGCUCAUAUUGGAUCGCCUGGAAUUGUUGGCCAAGCUGAGGGAAGUGGCACGAAAUCCCCACCUUGAGGAGCGCCUCAAACUGUGCACCAUGAAUGCGGAUACUCCCGACUGGUGGGAGGCAGGACGCCACGACAAGGAACUAAUCACAGCUGUCCUCAAGCACGGACUCUAUCGCUCUGAAACCUUCAUCUUCAACGAUCCAAACUUUAGUUUUGGCGAAUCGGAGAGGCGUUUCAUCCGCGAACUGGAGGCACAAAUCCAGCGUACCAUCAAGCUGGAAGCUUUCAAUGCCGAAAAGGCAGAGAAGUUGGCAGCAGCUGAAAAGGCGGCCGCCGCAGAGAAGGCAGCAGCAGUAGCAGCAGCAGAGAAGACUGCAGCAGUCAAGAACGAGGUGAUAGAUCUUGACGAUGAACUCAUGACCGAUGAUAGUGUCAUCAAGAAGGAGGCCACCCCGGCUACUACUCCCCUGAAGGAUGAGGUUAAGGCUGAAGCAAGUCCUGAGAAAAAGGACGCGGAAGAUGCCGAGAAGAAGUCGCAGGAGGAGAAUGAAGAGCCGGCAAAGAUUGAAACUGAAGCUGAAGAGCAGGCGGCGGACAAGGUCGUCAAGGAAGAGGAGGAGCAAGUCAAAGCCGAAGUCUCUGAUAAAGAAGAUGAAGCUGAAGCCGACAAAGUGCCUGUGCUGGCCACUGCUGAGGCUGACAAGAAGAUUGAUUCAGAGGCCGAGGGAGAACCCAAGACCAGCGACGACAAAAUGGAGGUUGAGGAGGAGCAGCCAGCCAUAUCUGAAAAUGGCGAAAAGAAGGACGAGGAAGCCACAGUUGUCUCCCCCGAGAAACCGACUGCUGAAACCGAGGAGAAGAAAUCUUCGGGAGAGGAGAAGCCAGCAGAAGCUGCUCCUGCUGACGAAGAGACCUCUAAAAUGGACGUUGACGAAGCCGCCACUAAAGUGGAAGAGACGGAGUCAACUGAGAAAUCGGAGGAAUCCCCGGAAAAGGAAGCCGAAGCAGACAAGGGUGCGACAAAGACUGACGAAGAGAAGCCAGAAGAAGAAUCUAAAGAAGACUCCAAGGAGGCAGACACAAAGGGCAAGGACAAGGAGGAGAAACCUGAAUCAGCAGCAUCAGAAGCCGAGACAGUUGUUUCUCCCAAGAAAAAGCCAGCCAACGAUCAGGAGAUUCUUGAUUUGGUGGCUGGACCCACCGAUCCCGAUGACGACGAGGUGAUGAAGGAGAAGGAGAAGGCUGUCGAGGAGGAGUGCAAGAAGCAGGCGGCCGAGCUCAAGGCCCGCUUCCCCGAUCUGGAGGUCAUCCAACCGGCGGCCGUAAAGCAACAAAAGUUGGAGAAGCCCAAGCUGGAGAUGUGCAUGAUCCGCUGGUUCAAGGACUUUGCCCUGGAACGCCGCAUUGCCCACAUUGUGGCCUGUGUGGAGGGUGGCAAGUGGCCGGUGGACAUCAAGUACAGUGCCUUUGCCGGUUGCAAGGCAGGCGUCACAGACCUGAGUAUCGCCCUCCAUGAGUCCAUUCCCCAUCUGAGCAGCCUGGAGCGUCGCUCGACAACCCCCGAUGUAAUUACAAUCACCACCGAUCAGGGUGUAACGAAGCAUCUGCAGGCUUCGCAGAUGCAACAGGUGGCCGCUAGUUCGGCAUCUUCCUCCGCCGCCUCCCAGGGGGCUGGCAGCCAGUCGAAGUCCACACCCACUUUGCCCGGUUUGGAUGCCAACAGCAUCAAUGCUGCAGUGGCUGCUGCCGUGGCAGCAGCCGCAGCCGGUGGCAAUGCCACCUCAUUGUCCUCGUUGCUGCCGGGUAUGUCGCUGAGUGCGGCAAGUGGCGUCUCAUCGGCCUCGUCAGCCGGCCUCGGUGGUGGCCUAAAUGUGCCCAAUGCCGGUGGCGGGUCGGGAGUGGGCAAGAAGCGCAAGCGACACAUUGCCAUCGAUGUGGAAACGGAAAGGGCUAAGCUCCACGCUUUGCUCAACAGCUCGACAAUGGCUCCCAAGGACUGGGAGAGUGAGAUUGCCAAUAUGGAGGCCUUGACUGGAGGCGGUUCCUCUGGUCGCGGACGCGGCGGCAGCUCUUCUUCGGCUGCCCUGAGUGGCAUGCAACCGCCGCCGGCGCACCAACAUGCCUCGCUGUCGCGCCAAUCCUCGGGACAGUUUAGCAAGCCAGCUGUGCCGGCGCUUAAGACGCCACCGCCCUCGAUGGGCGCACCCAUGGAUUUAUCCUCAAGCAGCCUGCCCAAGAUGAACAUGACGGAGAUGCUAAAGUCGGCCUCCAGUGCCGGAGCCAUUGACUUGAGUGAGGUGCAGGACUUCUCCAUGCCCUCCAAGAAGUCCAGUGUGCAUGCGGCUCUGAGCUCCGCCUUCCCUUCGAUGGGCGGCAGCAAGAGCAAGCUGGAUGACACGCUCAACAAGCUCAUGAAGAAGAACAAUUGUACCAUCGAAGAACCCGUGAUUGGCAAGGAGAAGAAGCGCAAGAAGCUAGACGAGAUUGUGCUGGGCUUAUCGGCUGCCAAGGAGCAGAAGACCUUCCCCGAUCCCUCGCUGCCCUCGUCGUCUUCGUCGUCGAAGAAGCCACAGAUACCGCCCAGCGUCUCGGUGACGCCGGCCAAUCUGCAGUCCUCGGCGAGCCAGCAGCAAUUGAAUCAGAAACCAUUCACCAUCACUGUGACCACAGUGCCCGGAAAAUCCAAAAGCGGCGGAACCGGCGCCGGCGGAAGCUCAUCGGCCAGCGGCAGCAGCAGCGGCGGCGGCAGCGGCCUGAGCGCCCUGCAGAACAUGGCCAUGGGCGGCCUCUCCUCCAAGGACAGCUUAAACGCCCUGCUGGCCCAGACCAUGGCCACCGAUCCGCAGACGUUCCUCAAGCAACAACAGAAGAUGAUGCAGUUCCUGCCGCCCGCCCAGCGCAAGGCCUACGAGAAUAUGCUGGCCGAAAUGGAGCAGGCCAUGAAGCUCAGUCCCAAGUUCUCCUCCGCAGCCGCCACCAACUCGCCGCACGACGUAAAGGUAAACAAGUGGCUGUCGGACAUGACCAGUCCCCUGGGCGACCAGCUCAGCAUUGACUACGUCGGCGGCGGCGGCGGUGGUGGAGCAAGUGGCUCGAACAGUCGGCGCUCCAAUCGUCAGCAGAGCAGCUCGAGUGCCUCGCAGAUGCAGAAACAACAACAGCAGCAGCAACAACAGCAGCAGCAGCAACACUCAAUGGCCGCUGGGCCACAGAAUCUAACGGGAGAGGAGCCCGUGCCCGUGAUCAACAAGCAGACGGGCAAGCGUUUGGGCGGCAACAAGGCGCCGCAGCUCAAGCGCCUCAUGCAAUGGCUCACGGAGAAUCCCAACUAUGAGGUGGAUCCCAAGUGGCUGGAGCAGAUGCAGAAUCCCAUGUCGGCACCCUCGCCCAAGCCCGCAUCCUCUUCCAUGGACAGUAGCUACGGUUCGCCGGCGGUCAAGUCCCAUGGCGGUCGCCCCUCGUCCAACUCGAGUAACGCCUCCUCCUCGUCGCAUACCCAACAGCAGCAACAGCAGCAGCAAUCUUCCGCCGCCGCUCAGUCGCCGGCGGGAGGAGGAUCAUCAAAGAAGUCGUCACGAAACCAGCAAACGGCAGCUGCCGCGGCUCUAGAUCAGGCGGCCCUACAAUUUGGCUCGCUGGCUGGCCUGAAUCCCAGCCUGUUGGCCAAUCUUCCGGGACUGGGCGCCUUUGAUCCGAAGAAUCCACUGGCUGCCUUCGAUCCCAAGAACCCGUUGCUGUCCAUGUCCUUUGGCGGCAUGCCCGGCAUGGGCAAUAUCCCGGGACUCGGCAACCUGAACAACAUGAACCUGUUCGCCAGUCUGGCGGGCAUGGGAGGUUUGGGCAACUUAGCUGGGAUGGACACCCAGUCGCUGGCUGCGCUCAUGGCUGCUGCCGGGCCAACUCUUGGCGGUUUGACGGGUUCAGCCGGCGGAGCGGGUUCCGGCAAGAGUCAAGGGCAGUCGUCGUCGGCCGCCUCAUCCUCCUCGGCCAGCAAGAAGAAGCAACAGCAGCAGCAGCAACAACAGCAGCAGCAGCAGGCAGCGGCAGCGGCAGCUGCCCAGCAGCAGGCGCAAAAUGAAGCUGCUCAGCUGGCGGCGGCCAUAAGUGCCAGUAGCGGUGGCGGAUCAUCGGGAGGAGGCGGUAACGGCGGCGGUGGAGGCGGAGGCAAGAAUGCAGCCGCAUCUGCAUCGCAGCAACUGGCCGCCGGCUUCCCGUUCCUUUUCCCCAAUCCCUCGCUGCUGUACCCACCCAUGGGCCUGGGCGGACUCAAUCCGUACUCCCUGGGCUCCAGCGGUCUGGGCUCCGCCUACGACCAGCUGGCGCAGCAGUAUAACCUGCUGAACGGUGGCGCCACUUCGUCUGCCUCCAACACCAGCUCCACGCAGUCCAAGUCUCACCAGUCGCAGUCGUCCAAGUCGAGCCAGUCGAGGAAUGCCUCGGCCUCAGCCUCGGCCGCGGCCAGCCUCAUGAAUGCCAUGGCCAGCAUGGGCGGCGGCGGUGCCAGCACAGUAACCACACCUUCGUCCUCAUCGUCGGGCCGGGGUAGGCAGUCGUCGAGCAGCAGAAGCCAAGCCCAGACGACGCCCACAGCGGCGGACAUGGCGCAGUUGAGCAGCCUGCUUAUGCCAGGUGCGGAUCCCCACUUGCUCGAGUCGCUGAGCCGGAUGAGCAACAUGGACUUGGCACAAGCCACGCGCCUCAUGAGCUCCUUGGGCAUGCCACCGCUGCCGGGUACCGCGGGCGGCGCUUCCUCGAGCAGUGCCGCCAGCAGCGGCAGCAAGAGGAGCAGCAGCAGCAGCAGCCAGCAGCAGGUGAACGAGGCGAAUGCCCAGGCCAAGGAGCAGCAAAAGUGGUUCGAGAGCCUCGCACGCGGUGCCCUGCCCACGGAUUUGGCCGCCCUGCAGGCAUUCUCGCAGGGCAAAAUGCCCUCGACAUCAUCCAGCUCCAAUGCUGGCGGGUCAUCCUCAGCCUCCAGCAAGAACUCCAAAUCGUCGUCAUCGGCGUCGGCAGCUGCUGCAGCAGCAGCAGCGGCAGCUGCCGCGGCGGCAGCCCAACUGCCACAAAUCCCGGGCAUGUCCAGUGACUUUUCACAGGCCUUCCUGGCCGAAAUGGCCGCCCAAGCAAUGGCCGCUGCCGGAGGAUCCCUGCCGCUGAGUGGUCCUGGCUCUCUGGCCAGUUUGGCGGGACUCACAGGAGGCUCAGCCGGAGGAUCAAGUGGAGGAGGCGGUUCGUCGGGCAGCAGCUCUUCAUCGAAGCGACAGCGCGAACAGGACGCCUUCAAACAGCAAAUGGAUUACUAUACCAAGACUCUGGGCCUGGGAUCGGGCAUCUCGUUGAUACCCACGUCCUCGGCAUCGUCUUCCGCCUCCAGUUCGGCGAAUGCCGCGGCGGCCGCCUACGCUGCCGCCCUGGAUGCCGAGCAACAGCACCAGCAGCAGCAGCAGCAAAAGUCCAAGCGAUCGCGCAGUGAAAUGCAUCCCACCAAGGAGGAGCUGGCCGCUGCAGCCAUGGCUGCCGGACUGCCUCUCAACCUGGGAGCCAGCAUGAGCAGCAUCGAGAAGAGUCUGCGGGGCGGAAGUAGCUCCAGCAGCUCGACCCCGGCACCCCUGUCUGGAGGGGACCACCAACAAGACAAGGUAACCCUGACGCCGCUGAAUGCCUCCGGGGGAUCGGGCAGCUCUUCUGCUGCCGGCUUGGCCGCCAAUCUGCCAAGUCAGACAACGAUAACCAUAGCGCCGCCGAUAAGCAGCGGAGCGAGCACCAGCAGCGAGCGUUCCGAGCGCUCCGAGUCGCGCAUCUCCCUGACCAUCACGAAUGCGGCAGAUGCGGCCAAACUGCCUCCGCCAUACGAGGAGGCCGACGAACUGAUCAUACAACCCAUACUCAAGAAGCCUUCGGCAGCGGCUUCUGCUCCUGCUCCAGGCAGCAGCCAUGGCGGUAGCGUGGAGGAUCUGGACACCGCGGGAGCCGGGGCAGUGGCCAAUCUGAGCGGUUCCUCAACGAGUUCAGCGGCUGCCGCCGCCGCCGCUGCAGCCGCCGCCGAAGAGAAUCGUCGUUCCUCAAACCGCCUGAAGCGUCCGCGGUCCUCGGGCAACGAGCAGGCAGCAGCGGCACCUGGUUCAGCGGUGGAGGGACAACCGCCUGAGAAGCGACGCGAGCUGAGAUCGACUCGCCACACUCGCUCCUCGGCGGAUGCCAGCACGCUGAAUCUAUCGGCUGGCAGCGAGUCAGGUGCCGAGGAGCGGAAUGAAUGAGUAUUGCGCAGAUCCGAGCGCCAGCGCUAGCAGGAUGAGGCGGCGGCGCCUUCUCUGAAACCAGGAGGAGGAGGAGCCACAACUGGACGACAACAAACGAAGCAAAAAGUCAAUGAAAAUAACAAAAGAAAAAACAAAGAGGUGAAGAUAAAGGAAAAUAUGCAGAAGAUGAUCAAGAUGCAAACGCGGUCGAGGCGAAACUGUUACCACUAGGAGUUGGAAGGAACCCUUAAGCUUAAAGUUGUGUAAAGUCUAAGGAAUCAUGAUAUAUAAACUAAACUAUAUAUAUAAAUAGAGAGCGAGGGGGCGAGGAGAGAGGAGAACUGGGCAGCGAACGCACACCAUCCCCUUCUGCUGGGCUUGGACACCUGCUGCAACAAACGUCUGGCCCUGUGGGGAGGCAGGAUAGGUGCUGCCUUCGUUGAUGAUCUGGGUUAACGAGUUUCAGAACUGCUGCUUAAAAUCUGGAACUCGUUUUCACAUCACUUUUCCUGCCCCUGAAGAAUAUAUUUAUAAAAUUACGAAACAUAAUUUAAAGAAAGCGCUUAUAAUUUAAUUGUAACCGAGAAUAAUUGAGGAAGGAUUGCUGCUGCAUCCGGCUUAAUCGUUUAAAUUAUUGCAACCACAAGAAAUGUUUUAAUAAUAGAGACACGGAAGAUACUAAUUGGGUUUCCACACACACACACAGAUACAACGUCUCUUAAUAUAUACGAUACCUGUACAUAAUUUAUAUAAUCUUUACAAAAUGGCUCUCGCAUUGCUUAACGUUUUUAAUAUACACCUAAACAUAUACAAACAUAUAUUAAGGAAGGCACACACACACAUUAUGUAUUCUCUCAUAACCUCCUCACUAUGUUGUAUUUACUCUCUCUGUCCUGUCUCUGUGUGUCCUCCCCUGGCAAGCUGCGUGUAAUUUGUAUAAUUUUUAAUUUUGUAAUUAGUAAAAAGUGUCCCAAUUGUAUGUGUUUUUUUAAUCAGAAACUCCCUUAUACACACACUUGAGCGACAAAAAUAUAUAUAACUUUUUAAUUAAAUCAAUUUUUAAUGUGUAAUUGAGCUGAGACGACACGUACAAGAUGCUGCGACUAAUUAUGAACGACGAUUAAGGUUUUUUCUUCUUAUUUUAUUUUUGCACUCAACGAGAGAGAGACCUAAAAAAAGCAAAACAUACACACACACUAAAAAAAGAGACAAAAACAACCAUAUAUUGCAUACACUUAUCUUGUAAGUAUAAAUCUUAAUUAAAAUUAUAAUAUGUGGAACUGCAGAACAACAAUAACCGAGGAAGCAACCGCAACACACCAGAUAACAACAACAACAACCGAGCGAGCAUCAAUUAUUGAUAUUUGAUGAUAAAUAAAUAAAUAUAAAAAGAAAAUAAAUUUCAAAAAUUACAAAA